AUCACAUCAUAAACCCUAACUCCAUAACUAAAACAAUUGCUUGCAGCUGCAGAAAUUUCAACGUCGGAGUUUCUGUAGUUGCAGCGAUCAAGCUAACCAAUGGCUCCCUCUCUCUCCACCGCUAAAACUCUAUCUUCUUUAAUCGCUGCUCACUCUUCUGCUAUUGUCAGGCGCGGAUAUGCAUCAGCAUCGCAGGGUGGCGUAUCGGAAGCAGCCGUGAGGGGGAGUGUGGUUACAAUGAUGAAGAAAGGAGGUGAAGACUCGACGAAAUCGACUGCGUGGGUUCCAGAUCCAGUUACUGGUUACUACAAGCCUGAAGGUCAUGGAAACCAGAUUGACGCAGCUGAGCUUCGUGAGUUGCUUUUGAAGCAGAAAACUCGUCGAGACUAAAAACAUACGUUGAUUCAGGUGUCCGAAUGAAUUACGAAGAUCGGUUACCUGUCUUGGAAUUGCACAAGGAGCAUAGCGAACAAUGGAUUCAUGCAGUUUACCAUAGAGGAUCCGAUCAUACUCAGAUGGAUGAGUUGCGGCAUAAUUAUCUAUAUCUGUAUUUCACUAUCGUUGUCAUAAGUCGUAUGUUUCAAAAAAUUAAAGACUUUUACUUGUCAUAUUUCUUGACCUUUAUGCUUAUUUCUCGCAAUAUUUGUUUGGUGAUUUU